AUGAUUGGACUCCAAGAUCUUUCCGUUGGCCAAGUAUCUGGCAUGAUCGCCGCGGCUGUCUUCUUCCUCCAAAUUGUCAUCCCCAUUGCACUGCCCAUAAUCCUGCUCGGAGCCCUCCGUCUGAGAUCCUCCAAUGUCACCGCUACUGCAGUCUCUUGGUCGGUCAUUGGCCGUUCUCUCCACUCAUCGCUCUGGCCUCACUUUCUCCAAACGGAUUCAGUAGCGACUCUGUCAACGUCGAAGUCUAUCGCAUCAAUUAGCUUCUUCGGCGCAUUGACUACCGCUCUGAUAGCAGUCACCGCAAUCGUCACACCGCUCGGCUUAUACGAGAGCAUAGCAAGUAGAGAUGACCCAAAGUCGGAACCGUUCCACUAUGUACAGGAUAUCUCGCCGAUGGGUCUGGGUACACCACCUCGUACAAAUAUGACGUGGAGUCGGAUCUGUGGGGGCUUUUUCCCGGUCGCCUGCCCGAACACUCAAAGCGAUAUAACGCAGUUCACAAAUGCUUCGGGUACAUAUGUCCACGCCGAUUGGUACGAUUCUCAUAUACCAAGCCAUGUCGUGGAAGUGUUUCAGAGCGGGUUAUCUAUGUUCAGCGGAUCCGUAUCCAGCUUCUUUGAUAUCCAAUAUCGCUCGUCAACGAAGGCAAAGAAACCUAGGAUCCCCGACUACGUCAUAAUCGACAAUGGAACGGCGCAAUCCAUUGGCUCGUAUCGUCCGCUAUCCAGUCUGCUCUUGAGCGAUGCGAUACAGCCGGUUGAAGGGCUCGUUGUCGAUAUGAAGAACGGCGGCAUCGGGUUCCGGAAUCACAGUGCUCCAGCGUGGCGGCCCUACGGAAGCACUUGGACGGAGGACCUCCUGUUCGUUGAGCCUGAAACUGUCUGUGUCGACACAAACCUCACAUUGGAUUUCAUCGUCUCCACCACAGAAGAGAGUAUGAUGGAUUUGAGCGGCAUCUCAAAUCUGGUGCUCACGGACAGAGGAGGUUUCGUCAACAUCAACCACACAUACCCGCGAUGGGAGAAGGAAAACGUGCAGGAGCGACCCGAUCUAUGGCAGCGCGCUUAUAAGGCUGCAUGGCUUAAUAAUGCCAUCACGAUGGCCUACAUGAACGUCACCAACCCUUCCAACGAGACCACUGGUGUUAAGGCAUUCCAAUAUCUGAAUUCCAGCAUAGGAAGGCGGUUUCGCCUCCACAAAGAGGACGGGACAACAGCCACGAACCUCGUGAUAGAACCGAGCACACUCAAGGCCUCGUCCGCCUACGGCGAAUAUCUCCAGGGAACAGAGGGACUGUCUAAUUAUUCAGCAACGUCCAACACGACGUACGACUUUCCAUCCGAGCCCCCGCUCUACCCCAAUCCUUACAAUAUGGACAUCAGUCAGGGCUUCUUUGAUGCUCUAACGCUUUGCUCUGGCUCGGGAGGCAGAGACUACGCAAACUAUACGAAUACGGUGGCCCUGUGUGGCACUUUUCUUUCCUUACUCUUCGACCCGGGCUCUUCAUGGACUCUCCCAAUCAUCAAAACCGUCUCUUUCCGCUUCAACGGCUCCGACGACGACAAAACCUACCCAGACGAAGCUUCAAAACCUCUGUGGGGCGUCGAGCACUACGAUCUCAACCUUACAGACGUUGUGCCCUUGUGGGGCCUUGUCACCCCUGAGAGCGCAGCGACCCUCAAUCUGUCCACGCUGCGCAAGGAGUCUUUGUACCUCCCGGGCUACGGAUCCGCCCUGGGAGGCGGCAUGCUGACGCAGAAUCUGCCGGGUCAGGACUUUGCUUCGCAGGCGCUCAGUAAGGUGUUCAGCAUCCCUGCCAUCUCGGCAACGGGAGAUAUCGAUUACUCGGGCAGCUCGAACCUCGCCAUGUAUCGUCUCUGGCAAGACCUCUCGCGCAACGCCACCUCCGCCGGUCGGAUCCUCAGUCUGAUAUGGACGGACAUCGCCGCGAACAUGGUGCUUGGGACCCGCGGCCUACAUCCCGCGGACGACACGCCGCUCCGCAAACGAGACGCCAGUCCCGCAGCCGGUACGGACACGCCGACAAUAACGACCUACGAGCGCCGCGUCCGCUACCGCUAUGCCUACGGCAUCCCCGCCUUCCUCACGCUCCUCGUCACCGCAUCCAUCCUCCUCACGACAUCCGGCCUGAUGCUCUUCGGCUCCGCUGGCCCCUCGCACAUGCGCUUGUUCCUCGACCACACGUCUGCGGGCAGGUUUCUGACCGCGCAGCAGGCGGGCUAUGGCCAGGCGAUCCCUGUGGAGACGAAGGCGUGGGUGAGCAGCGUGGGGAGGCAGCGUUUUACGCUGGGGAGCCACGGACCAAAGAGCGAACCAGAGUUGCGGUCUUUGCUCGACGGCGGGUAUAUGGGGCCGGGAAACGAGGAUAAGACAAGACCACGCUCCUGCCAUUGCCAUCUCAGCACCAAGCGAAAUCCUUUUCGUGUGUCCUCUGGUCUCUGGCACAUGUUAUUUGUGGGGGAGUAA